UAUUCAUAGCCUCUUUGCACCUUCAAGACAAAAACUCACCUGUUUCUUUCGAUCCCACUUUACAGUUUGUUGAGAUCUUAAAGCAGCACAAGAAGCAGAUCAUUUCCUUAAACGAUGUUCCUGUGCAACAAGUGCCUAAAAAUACACUUGUUCGUUUCCGUUGUAUGAUUCAAGACACAGGUUUAGGACAGGAGAUGUUUAUUUCUGCCUAUCAAAAGCUCGAUAGCAAUGGUGAUUUAAGAUUACAUUGUUACCGUUAUACAGAUGAACCAUUGGACGAAGAGAUAAACGAACAACAAGCGAUGCAAAAUGAACAUUUGAGUGAACGUACACUUGUUUAUUGUGUAUCUCCUCCAGGCGAAAAUCAUUGGGCAAAAGAAGCACACAAUGCGCAUGCUGGCUCAUUAAGCGAUCAAAUCAAUCGGUUGGAUAUCAAAGAACCAAAUCAAACCAUCAUGAAAAAAUAUCCUUUACCCGGACAAGACCAUGUCUCCGCCGUUGUGAAAUUCUACAACGAUUCAGCAGAGACCAUCAAAGUAGGUCAACUUGUGGAGAUCAUUGGCAUUCGAGCAUACGACUUUCAACCUCAAGAAUCUGACUUUGAUUCUCCAUUGGAUUCUUUUUCAAAUGUGCCUGUUAUACAUGCUAUUGGCUUCCAGCGUUUGGAUGCUAUUGAUAGCAGUCCUUUUGCAGAAUCCAGUGCUCUUGAACAAGCACAUGACAUUCGUGCACAAUUGAUUAACUAUAUUGCAUCUGUCCUUGGAGGCGAUCGUUUGACUGCUGAAUUCAUUUUGCUCCAAUUGUUAUCUCGAAUUACUGUCAAAAACAGAGGCUUAAAGAUCGGCAAUUUCACAUUGAAUAUCAGCGGAUGUCCAUCCCAUCAAACAACAGAACAAGAAAAAAAGGCACCUGUGCUUACACUCAAUAAUCCCUUGAGCAAGUCAUUGGCUCAUGUGUUGGAUAGCUUGACCGUUCAUUCUGUUCAUUUGCCGUUGACUAUUGACGGUCUAAACAAGUCUCAAUUUAUGCCCAAGAGCGUCAAUGAGAACUUAGAGGCCGGCGUGCUUCAAUUGGUUGAUGGUACUUGUCUUUUAGUGGAUGAAACUGUGCUGGAUGAAGGUCAACUUGUUGAUUCGGGUGUUCGUAAUUUCCAAGCACUUCAAAAUGUGAUUCAACAUCAAACAUUAGCCUAUGAAUUUCCUUAUAGUCAAUAUGAUUUUGAUACAGACAUUAGUGUGCUUGUCUUAUCUUGUUCUAAAUCUAUGUUUCCUAAUCACUGUUCUAUUCGACUCCAAUCGACUGGUUCUAUGGAUGUUGAAACGAAUGUACCUUCUAAAGAAACUCUUGAUCGUUUUAGACGCUAUGUUCAUUCGGCUAAAUUCAACACCUAUGAUAUUUCAGAUCAAGUAUCCGAAUACAUUCAAAUCUCUUUUGUCAAUGAAAGAAAGACAGCAAUAGAAAAUGGCACAGAACCUCCUACUCAAGAAGAACUUAUGCUUCGUAUGAAUCUGGCCAGAUUGGCUGCUGCUUCUUUUGGUGAAACUUGCCUUACACAACAAAGAUAUGAUUAUGUUGUUCAACUUGACAAGAGUCGUAAAGCUAGAUUGAGUGCUGCUUAAAUGUAAAUAAAAUCAUAGAAAUAUCAUGCGAGAAAGAGAAAGUUUUAUUUGUUCAUUAAAAAGUAGAUUGACUUGAUCAAC